AGCGUAGUCUGUAGAAACCACAGGUCUUCAAAAAGAAAAAAAGGAAAAGAGACAACAAAAAAACACCAAAAUGGCACAGACGACGUUGGCGGAUGAAGAGCUCGACUUUGCCAUGGAGCUGGCGCUGCGGGCGGCCCACGCAGCCGCCACCAUCAUCAACCACUCCAUGGACGAGCGUGCGUCGAAUGCGCUCGACAUUCAAACGAAGAGCAGCAGCAUCGACCUCGUUACGCAGUACGACAGGCAGUGCGAGGAGGAGGUGCUGCGCAUCUUGCGCUCCGGUACGCCGACGUACGCGAUCGUGAGUGAGGAGUCGCACAGCACCGCCACGCUGGGCGACGGCCCGACGUGGAUCGUGGACCCGAUCGAUGGCACCACCAGCUUUGUUCACGGCAUGUACGACUGCUGUGUGUCGAUUGCGCUGGCGGUGAAGAAGGAGGCGGUGCUCGGCGUCGUGAACGCACCACGCCUGCAGGAGGUGUUUACGGCGAUCAAGGGCCGCGGUGCGUACUGCAAUGGGCAGCGCCUCCACGUCUCGUCGCGGGCCUCCUUGCAUGAGUGCAUCGUCUUCAUGCACAUCAGCUACAACCGCAGCGAGGCGGCGGUGAAGGCUGUCGUCGGGAUGCAGUCGGAGCUCGCCAAGUACCCCGUACACUCCAUCCGCAACAACGGCGCGUGCGCGCUGGACAUGUGCUCCGUCGCGGCUGGGCGGGCGGACGCGUAUUGGGAGGUCGGUGUGCAAGCGUGGGACAUGGCCGCCGGCGCAAUCAUGAUUCGCGAGGCCGGCGGUGUGGUGCACGACAUCGAAGACGCGGAUACGUUCGAUCUUAUGCGGCACGGCAUGUGCUGCGGCUGCUCCAAGGAGAUCACAAAGCAUGGCAUCGAGCUGGCGAAGAAGUACGACUAUCGCAAAGCCAUCUUAAACCUCCCGUCGCAGAUGUGA